AUUGCUUGGGAUGGGUACAGGGGCGGACUAACCAUUUGGAAAACUCGGGCACUGCCUGAGGGCCCGGGGUCAGUAGGGGGCCCCAUGAGAUGCCCCUGGUACCUUUUUCAUAGGCUUUUUUGAGUUUGGGCAAGGACACAGGGGCCCCAUGAUCCCCUAUUGCCCGGGGCCCCAUGAGUUGUCAGUCCGCCCCUGGAUGGUCCGCCCCUGAUCUCAUUUAUAUAUACCGGUAGUACAUUUAUAGUACAGCUAUCAAU